AUGACUACCAUCCCUGCCCGCCUCGCGCGCACAGCGCAGAUUUCUGCCAAUCCCGCCCAGGCCCGGCAGCGUGUAAUCCAGCUCUACCGGGACUGGUAUCGCGGCGCACCGGAGAUGGUUUCGCUCUAUGCAAUCCCCGUUUCUGUGCAGUAUUUCCGGCAAUGCAUUCGCAGAAAAUUUGAGGAAAACCGCUACGUCACAGAUCAGCGCGUCGUCGAUGUGCUCCUGCUCAAGGGCAGGCAGGAGUACCAGGAGACGAUAAACCUAUGGAAGCAGACGGACCAUGUUAUGGGGAUUCUCUUGGAGACUCAAUCAAGACCGCCGCGUUCCUUCCUGCAGAAGUUCUACGAGGGUCGGGACGAGGAUGCUGUGCUACCUGCAGCUACCGGGGCAAUACAGUAG